AUAGGGCCUUGGUGGUCUUUGUGGUGGGACGGGGUAUAGACGAGGCGUGACAAAGGAAAUAUAGCGUGGUUACUUCUGGAUUAGAUUGAGAUGACCAUGCAAAAUGGAAAUGCGUCCGAGUCGACGGGCGGCUGGCCGACGGGCGGCACGCAGGCGGGCUCCUCGUGGCCGGCCGGCUCCCACACGCCCGUCCAGCCGACGCCCAGUAACGAGGAGUGCGGCAUCCGCGAGGUGUGGGCCUACAACCUGGACCGCGAGUUUGACAACAUCAGGAAGGUGGCGCAGACGUACAAGUAUGUCGCCAUGGACACGGAGUUCCCCGGUGUGGUGGCGCGGCCGAUAGGCGAGUUCCGCAGUGCGCAGGACUACGAGUACCAGCUGCGGCGCUGUAACGUCGACCACCUGAAGAUGAUCCAGCUGGGCGUCACCUUCUUCGACGAGCAGGGCCGCAUGCCGCAGCCGAUCACCACCUGGCAGUUCAACUUCAAAUUCAACCUCGUCGAGGACAUGUACGCACAGGAGAGCAUAGAGCUGCUGCAAAAGUCGGGCAUCCAAUUCCCGGUGCACGACGACGAGGGCAUCGAGCCGUUUGAGUUUGCCGAGCUCAUCACCACCUCGGGCGUGGUACUCAUGGACGACGUCAAGUGGAUCUCGUUCCACAGCGGUUACGACUUCGGCUACCUUCUGAAGAUACUGACCAACCAGAACCUGCCCAAAGAAGAGUCGGAAUUCUUUGAGCUGCUCCGGAUGUACUUUCCCACAAUGUAUGACGUCAAGUAUCUGAUGAAGUCGUGCAAAAACCUCAAAGGCGGUCUACAGGAGCUGGCGGAGCAGUUGGAGCUGGAGCGGGUCGGCCCUCAGCACCAGGCCGGCAGUGACAGUCUGCUCACCGGCGCCGCCUUCUUCAAAAUGAGGGAGAUGUUCUUUGAGGACAACAUUGACGACGCCAAGUACGGCGGCCACCUGUACGGCCUGGGUACGCCGUACCAGGUGAACGGCGGCGGUCAGCAGGAGCCGGCCGGCGAGCCCGCCACCAGCAGCUCCAGCUAGGCGGCCGGCCGUGGGCAGAUACUGCCGUCAUCGGCGGGAGGAGUAUUGCGGGCUGCUUACGCUGUGACACCGGCCGGAAGAAAAAGGGAACGGGGCGGCGGCGGGAGCACGGAAGCUACUUCAAGACGCUCUGCAGCCGCGCCGGUAGGUGGUUGCGAAUCUGCGAAUCACCUACAGUGGCGACGUCUGGUGAGUCAACCGAGUACUCCGUACUCCCGUGCCAGGCUGCCGCAACUCGUGUCGUGAAUGAAAAGGGCAGGCAAAUGGGAGGAGAGACAGAAAAGGCUGUGGUGCGUCCGGUAGAGGAGCUUUUAUCCAAACUGCCAGACCGAUGAGCUAGUAAGGGAUCGGGCGGGUAACGGUAUGUGAACGUCUCACAGUCGUGCGGCUGAAUUGACGACAGCUGACCUUUCGGUGACUGGUGUUGUCGUGGUUGGCUGGUCCUCAGUUUGUCCGUGCCGCUGAGUUUAUUCUUUGUGUGAGCGGCAGCGCAGUUUCCCAGUUGAUACCGCUGCUGCAGAUCCAGGGGCCGCGUAUACAGUCUCCUAGACGCUCCCUUGCUGCCAGUCUAGUCGAUAACAGGGUCUCACUGCGAGUUUGUUCACCUGGUGUUUGUCCUAUUCUUAUUACGUUUUAUUCUAUUUUUCUGUAACAAGUUGCUGUAGUUAGCGUUGUAAUUCAUUAUUUAUGGUCCUUAAUACGGCCUUACAGUGGUGCACACAUGCUAGAUGUAUCAUACACUUACCUACCAUGUGGUGGGUACAUUAAGGACGGUAUUCUGUACGAUUCUCUGUCAGGCGUCGCUCCUUUUCCCUAUGGAAGUGGAAGUCUUUUGAAACCAUCAAAGGUGACAAUCAUCCGAAGUUUGCGCGGUGGAGGCUAGACCGCUCUCCUCUCACACUGAAGUGGGGUACGCCCUGGUAAUUUUAUCCACUGACUAAGUUGUAUGUUUUGUUGUUUGUGUGGCCACAUCGACAUUACUGCCUGUUCGCACCAGCCGAGAUUGAUUGGUGUCAACUCGCUGGCUAAGCGCUACCGCUGUGGCUGGCACUUCUCGCACAGUUACCGAGGAGUGUUGUUUUGCUGCUAACAUCUCUGCUACACUUAGUGAUGCCCACAUCGUUGGUAGCGGACUCAGUCUGCUUCAGUGCUGAAAACCAUCUAGUCUUGGUAGUAUCAAAAAGGUCGCCUCUCUUUUCACUUUUUUGUUGGGGAUCAUCCCUCCCUCCGUCCCCUACAUUUUCCCCAAGAACGAUCAAAAUGUUUUGCGGCACAUGUCAUUGUAUUCGCAUAAAAGACUUAGUCCUUCUCGUGUUGGUUUGUCAUCAAGGGGCACGGUCCAAAACUCCAAACAAUUGAUCAUCAAUGUGCAUAGCUAAUAAUAUGCGCUUACCGUUCUCCAGGCCUCCGGAAAACAAAGCAUGUCACUGUUGGGUAUUUGUUGAGCUUUCCGUUGACUUAGCCCACUUCGAGCACAUGUGGUGCGCAAUAAUAAUAACUUGACUUUGUUGUACAAUUGCAGAUAUAUAAUAUUGUCCUGUAGGUUUGUUCCUUGUUGUAUUGAGCCUUAUUUAUGAACUUUUGUCAUUGUUUCGUAGCAUACACUUGCUAACUAUAAUGCUGGCAUUAAAUAGACGGUUUAGCCACGCAGCUUUCUGAAUGUGAGGUUCUCAAGAGCGCUGGCAUAAUCCAUUGUGCAACAUCGAGCUGCCUUUUGAGAAACUGGCCUGACGGGUCAUGGAAACGUAUGGCUGUGGUAUGUGUAGAUGGCAGGUGGCUGGACACUGCCUGGGAAGACUGGACGCGCUCUGAACCUAGUUCCCGCUAUGUCUGCUUGUAGUCGAGUUCAACGAUAUGAAGUUAAUCUGCUCUGCUUGCACCAGAAGCGAGGACGUAUUGUAUGCUUACGCCUCGCACUGUGUUUAUGAUGUAACUUGACAAAUAUAUUACGAAACAUUACA